AAAACAGUAAUAAUUUUAAUUGCAAUUCAGGUUAGAUUUUUUUUUUUUGUGCGCAAUGCAGAUUUUCUGUGCGCAGAGACCGUGCCAGCAGUACGCAAUUGCGCAUGUGCGCAGCUUAGAGAGAACAUUGCAUAUGACCUUUGCGCAUUUAUAGUACCUUGCCACAUUUGUUUAUUUGUUUAUUUAUAAGGAACCCCAUUAGCUUCCACAACAGUGGUUGCUAGUCUUCCUGGGGCCCAAACCAUCAAAUACCACCAAAUAAAAUGUUACACAAUGCAAAAAUGCUCUUACAGCUCUUACAUCCACAAUAAGGUUUUACAAUUCUGAAAAUGUAAACAUGUAAAUAUUAAAAAUUAUAAAAAAAACCACUCAAACAAAAUACACAAUUUCCAUUACAAGUGACAUUACCCUCUACAAUUUUUACAAAUAAAUUAAAAACUGCCUAAAUAGGCUUUUAGGUGAUUUUUAAAAUUAUGAAUAGAAGCCAAUUCUCUAAUUGCAUAAGGCAACUUAUUCCACUGAAAAGAUACUCUAAAUAGGAUGGGCAAUUAAUUAUAUAGUUACAGAGUGCUCUAAAAACAUUGAAUAUAAAGCAUAAGUGGCAACGGGAUGUUUUUUAUCUCAAAUUUGGGUAUCUGAUAGUUGGUUUGGAUCAGUUCUGAUCACAUUCAUUCCAUAAAUGAACAGCUUAGGCCACCUCCUACAAAGGGUCUCGGUGUGGUUGUUUUGGUCCACACCCGAGUGCGUCAAGGGGAAAAACGAAGCAGAGGUCGAUUUAAACUAGGAAUGGCUAGUGACUAAUUUCCAAGUCGACUAAACUAGAGAAAAAAAAUUAAUCUGAGUAGUCUCAAACUAAGAAACAGUCAGAUAUUAAGUUAAAUUUAAACUAUUUCAUAGAUAAUGUCAAAAACCAAAAAAAGGCAUUUUCUUCAAUAAUGAAUCAUGCCGGUUAUGUGGGGCACCUCGGGUCGUGCAUUAUGAACGCAACAGGUUAUACUCCAAACAGACAACAAAAAACUUGCCACUUAAACCGAUGUUAAUUAUGAUAUGAAAGCAUGUUACUUCAAUAACUAAUAACUAAUAUAUUCUGACUAAAAAGUGUGGCGCAUUGUACAGUGCAUUAGAAAUCAUGCACGUUGUGUAUGUUAUUCGAAAAUUCAUGACAGCCACGUUAAUAAAAGUUAAAAUCUAAAAUAACAAUACAUUAUCCAGCUAUAUAUUUUUUUCUGCUUAUCUGAAAUUGAGUCACAAGUCAGCAGCCGAAGCAUGUAAUCUCUCAAGCGUGUCCAGAGUGUAGCCUGCACGUCUCCCGGUAGGAUGUACCCUGGCUAGUACACCUUACUUUGGAGGUGACCACCUCAACUGGCUCCUUUGAAUAUGGAGUACUGACUCUACUCUGAGUGCCUCCCAAAUGGCUGAACUCCUCACCUUAUUGCUAAGGAAAAGCCCAUUCACCCUUCAGAGAAAGCUCAUUUCUGUCCAUGAUCUUGUUCUAGGGUUAACUAAAAGAUCAAAUUCUAAUUUUAUUUGUCACAUACACAGUACAACAUGUAGUGAAAUGCUUGUGUCCAUGCUGUGGACAGGCUGCAGAUGUAGCUGCGCCAUUCCAGGCUUAGUUCAAGGCAACGUAGGAUUUUGAAAUUGAUACCAUAGGUGGUAAAUGGACAUAUUCAUAUAUAGCAAAGUGCUCUGUACAACAUGCCCCAUUCAUUUACAUCAAUUCAUACAAGCCAAUAUGUAUGAAUUGUACCUUUGGGUACUUCCUCUCAUAGUCCAAAGACACAGUCAGGUCCAUAAAUAUUUGUACAGAGACAACUUUGUUUUUCUAAUUUUGGUUCUGUACAUCACCACUGUCAAUUUUAAAUGAAACAACUCAGAUGCAGUUGAAGUGCAGACUUUCAGCUUUAAUCCAGUGGGUUUAACAAAAAGCUUGCAUAAAAAUGUGAAGAACUAAAGCAUUUUUAACACAAUCCCUUUCUUUCAGGGGCUCUAAAGUAAUUGGACAAAUUAAAUAACUGAAAACAAAAUGUUCAUUUCUAAUACUUGUUUGAAAACCCUUUGCUGGCAAUGGCGCCUGAAGUCUUGAUUUCAUGGACAUCACCAGAUGUUGGGUUUCCUGUUUUUAAUGUGCUGCCAGGCUUUUACUGCAGCGGCUUCAGUUGCUGUUUCUUUGUGGGCCUUUCUGUCCAAAGUUUAGUCUUCAAUAAGUGAAAUGAAUGUCAGUGUUUUACAGAUGAUGUGGUUUUCUGGCGACACAUAUGUGUAACUGAGAUGGAGAUAGGUGUAAGGGCCCCAGUGCACUGAUCUCUUCAUACGCCAACAAUGACAUCGUCACUGCUCUGCAUGCACCUUCGCUUAGGGUGCACAGAGUAUUUCCAUUGAACAAUAAGUGUCACCACUCAUAAAAAACCUCCAGAUCAGCACUGGUAUAGGAUGAGAAAAAGUCAAAAUGGAAGCAAAGAACUCGCAGAGUUUUGUCCAAAGGUCUUUCAACAAACUGUCAUCUUGCUGCAUCUCCCUUUGUAUAUUCUAUCAAUCUCUGAGAUUCUGAUAUGUCAUUAAACAUGCUAUAAAAAAACAACUCAUGCCCUCAACGAUGUUGAAUAUGGAGCUACCAACCAAGAGGAAAAUAGGAAGACCACAGAGAAGGUUCAUGGAUUUAGUGAAGGAGGCUAUGCAAAGGGUUGAUGUGACAGAGAAAGAUGCUUGGGAUAGGGUGAGAUGGAGGCUAAUGAUACAUUGCGGUGACUCCUAAAGGUAGCAAGAUUUCCUAACAUGAUGUUAUUCUAUGUCAGAGAUAUGUGUGGGUUUUUCUUUGCUAUUGGAUAUGCUACAAACACAAAAGUGUUUCCUAACAUUUCACAUUUUUUUGCUAUUUUAGUUUAGUCAGAUGUAUAACUGUCAUUCACAGUUUAGCUUGACGUCAUUAUACUGAAUAUGUUUUAUUUUUCUAAUGUACUAUUCCAGGUGUCUAAACAGAAUGGUAAGGUUUUAUAGUUAGUAAGUAUGUAGUACAUUGGCUGGACAGAGUUUUGCAGUGUUCUCAAGAGCACCAGCCAUACUGCUCUGUGUGAUGAGCACACACUCAAACUAGAAUGUGUUGAGUCAGCUGCUUUGUAAGCCUCUGUCCCUCCCCAGUGAGCUAUUUAUACACACCCAAACCAGCCACAGCCACAUACCAACACACACACAGUGAUUCAAGGAUAUACACAUGUUGAAAGCACUUUGUAAACAAAAGUGCACACAAACAGUGAAGGUAGUGUUCAAACCUCAGGGUGACUCAGUUUUGUUUUUUCCCCCUGACAUUGGCUUGAGGAGGAAGUGACAGGUGGACAAGGAAGCGCUAAGGAGCUAAUAGCAGGAGGCGAUCAGGCUGACAGUCAGCCCGCAUGGAAGGCGCUGCAUAGCAAACUGGAAUCAUAUGUAGCACACUGAGGCUGCAGCAGGGAAGCUCUCGGUGGACAGCUUGCUGCAGAUGUCCAGCUCUGAGCUGCAGGACAUGAUGAGACGCCUAAGCUCCAACUCAGAGGAUCGCUCUCGCCUCACUACUGCUCUCUCCUGUCUAAAGAGUGUUAAUGAAACAGGAGGUGAUCUUAGGCAUAACUCAGGCUCCUGCAGUUCUGAGUCACAACAGGACAGCAGUCCCUUUUCUCCUAUUAGACCCUCUUUAAGCUCUGGUAGCCCUUUUACCUCAUUAAAACCCAACAGCAAUCAUGGCCGCUCCAUCUCUAUAUCAGUGGUACCCUGUUCAGAUGACCAGAGACCAACUGUACCAGCUGAGAACAUGAGUGAUCCGUUCUCUUUGGAAUCAAGCACCCCUUCGCUAACACAGGUCUCAAAGACCCACACGUUCAAGUCCUCCCACACACCACCACCACCCUCUCGCAAACUGUUGCAACUGCUUCCCAAUAUUGCACUGACGAAAAACAAGAGUCAUGACUCACAGCCGACCAACCGCAACGAGGAUCCUGGGACACGCAAGGCCUGUAAGAAGAAGAAAGUGUUGGCUGCUAUUCAGAUCAACGGCUCUGGGAUCAGUCCUGAAGAUUCAGGUCUAAGAUCACCUCUGCUGUCUGCCCAAACACCUGGCCCUGUCCCAGCCUCAGCUCCAUACAUGAUGCCCGUCGCCCCCAUCUUACUGGACAAUCUAGCCAUGCAGAGAAGUUCCCCCCAUACAAUAAGAAGAGACAUUGGCCUGGCUGUAACCCACAGGUUUUCGACUAAGUCCUGGCUCUCCCAAACAUGUCAAGUUUGUUCUAAGAGCAUGAUGUUUGGUGUCAAGUGUAAACACUGCAAGUUAAAGUGCCAUAACAAGUGUACCAAAGAUGCACCUUCAUGUCGGAUAUCAUUUGCUACAUUGCCAAGGAUGCGUAGGGCAGAAUCGGUACCAUCAGACAUCAACAAUCGGAUUGAUCACACAGCCGAAGUCUCAGUGCAGUUUGGCACCUUACCAAAGGCACUAACCAAAAGGGACCCUGUCCCCAGUAUUAACCAGCUGGAAUCCAGCAGUAACCCGUCAUCAGCCACCUCUUCCACACCUUCCUCUCCAGCACAUUUCCAGCAGAGUAACCCUUCAAGCAUAAGUGCCACCCCCCCACCUAACCCAUCACCACAGAGCUCCUGGGACAACCGCUUCAACUUCCCAGAUGUUCCUGCCUCCACAUGCAGCGUUCAGCAUUCUGGCAGUCACAAUGAGUCUGGGAUGGUGAUUACUGAGACACAAAUAACAGCCACAGAACAGGGAUUGGAAGAGGAAGGAGAGGAAGGAGAGGAAGAUUACACAGCUAUGGAUAAAGAAGAAGCUGACCAGACUGACACAAAAAAGAGUUAUUCCAAGGAAGAGUAUGAUGAAGAUGGUCUGGAUGAUCUACCCUCUUCUAUAUGCCGCCGUCAGGCUGUUGGCCGUUCUGGGGUCCCCAUCUCUCGUAAGGUCAGCCAGACCAGUGUCUACCUCCAGGAGUGGGACAUCCCGUAUGAGCAACUACAGCUGGGAGAGCUUAUUGGAAAGGGUCGCUGGGGUAAGGUGCAUAAAGGUCGCUGGCAUGGUGAGGUGGCCAUUCGCCUUCUAGAGAUUGAUGGCAACAAUCAGGAUCAUCUGAAAGUCUUCAAAAAAGAGGUUAUGAACUACAGGCAGACCAGGCACGAGAACGUCAUCCUGUUCAUGGGUGCAUGCAUGGCUCCUCCUCAUCUUGCUAUUAUCACCAGUUUCUGUAAGGGUCUGACUCUGUAUUCUGUUGUAAGAGAAAGAGGUCACCUGCUGGACAUAAAUAAAACCAGACAGAUUGCACAGGAAAUCGUUAAGGGAAUGGGUUAUCUUCAUGCUAAAGGCAUCGUUCACAAGGAUCUGAAGUCCAAGAAUGUGUUCUAUGACACAAACAAGGUGGUGAUUACAGACUUUGGCCUGUUUGGAAUGUCUGGUGUGGUACAAGAAGGCAGAAGAAAGAAUGUGCUGCGGAUACCACAGGGCUGGAUCUGCUACCUGGCUCCAGAAAUUGUUCGAAAAUUGAGCCCAGAGGUUGAUGAGGACCAGCUGCCUUUCUCCAAAGCUGCUGAUAUUUAUGCUUUUGGCACAAUCUGGUAUGAGCUGCAGAUGCGAGACUGGCCAAUUACCAACCAGCCUGUGGAAACUAUAAUCUGGCUAGUGGGUCGUAAUGAAGGCAUUAAGAAUGUGCUGUUAGAGUCCAAUCUGGGCAAGGAGGUCACGGAGAUCCUGUCUGCCUGCUGGUCCCUUACGGCAGAUGACAGGCCACCUUUCACCCAGCUAGCAGGCAUGCUGGACAGACUCCCUAAACUCAACCGCAGGCUUUCUCACCCUGGACACUGGAAAACAACAGAAAAAAUUUGAAAUUUUAUGAAGCUAAGAGGAACCAUUACACCAUCAGUCAACAAAAAUGCUGUAAAUAGUGUUUUUUAAAGAAAUGUGAAAAAUGUAAAGCUGGCCUGCUGAUGAUCAAAUGAUAUAUAUGUACAUACUUAGACUGUUUUUAAUGUGACUACUGUUUUGUUCUGAGGAACGAAUGAAUAAUGUAUCAAGUAAAUGCAUUUUUUCUACUUUGGCAAAUUAGGCACUAUCUUUACUUUUUCUUCUGAUACGUGAUAGUGUUGAUCACAGUCUGUAAUGUACUGAAUUUCUCUUUUUCUUCUGUCUUCAACUUCCUCUUCUCUGGAUGUUGCCUGAUUCACCUUGGCCUGUUCCUGUUGUGCCUCAUCUCCUGACGGCUUCCUUUGGGUCCUGCAUUUCCAUCUUUAUCUAUGAUCUUGUUUCCUUUCUUUCUAUUUGCUUACUUGUUUUCCAACAUUCCUGUUUGUCUCCUGGGUCCACUUCUAUUUUGGUUAAGGACACUGGAAAAUCAUGAAUGCCUGAGACAUCACUGCCAUCAGCAUAUCACUAAGUCAGGCAGUGAGAGCUUGUUAAAUUGACUGAAAAUAUGAUAUGAAAGAUGCAGCUCUGACAGAUUUCCUAUAAGAUCGGAUAUUAUGCAUGCACUAGCCAAAAUUUGUAUUCUAGAUGAAAACCAGCAGAUGAAACCUUUUAAGUUCUGUCAGGGACAUCAUAAUACCUGGGUCUAAAAAUGCUUUGCUUUCAUCUUUAUCUCUUUUCCCUUGAUUAACCUGUGUGCCUACUUCCCCCCACAUUUCUAACUCCCAACCUUCAGUGAAUGUAAUUCUUCUUAUAUAUGUUUAAAUGUGAGUGUAGGCAUAGUCUCAUGGCUGUUUGAGUUAAAUGCAUAGUUAACUAAGAGCUGCUGGUUUCAGCUCUUAGUUAAUUUAAAAUACAUUUUACUUCAAGGGUUCCACCAGAGUUUACUUUCAAAGGGUCAGUUCACAAUAUACACCCAGUAAUUUUUUAAGUUACUUAAUCGAAAAAGUGUUGUCCUUAUAAAUAUACAUUGAUUAUUAUGUAAUUAUGAUGCAGUCUCAUAAACUUAGAAUUAGUCCAAUAAAAUACAUCAGUGCAGAUUUCUUCUAAUCUUCUUCUAAUCUUGAGUUGUUGAUUUAGUUUUUUCCAGAGUUUAUUGUCCUACAGCAGCCACCAUAGCUACCAUUAGGUACUUGCAUUGGAAGAGAAGAAAACAAAAUUCAGUUGGCUGCAAUCUAGUGACAUCUAGUGGAGAGAAACCGACAGCUCUUUGCAGAAAUUGCUUUUUGGUUUGUUUGUUUUUUGUUGUUGUUUUUUGUUUUUUACAAAUUUUCUACACACUGAAGAAUAUUAAUAUAGAUAUAAUUUUAGCAUUAACAGUCUGACUCAAACAGUCUCUCAGUCUGCCACUGUUCUAAUGUGGAAUUUCUGCCUCUUUGAUUCAUAAUAUAUCUCCAAAACUGAAAGUGUUUGCCCAGACUGAGUUCACUGUAGUGCAAAAGGCACCAUGGAAAUCAUUUACCUCUCUACCGAAGUAAUAAAUAUCACAGACAGAUAUGAGUUACUAUUUAUGUUCCACUUUGGCACAAUGAAAGAUAAAGAUGAUUGAACUGACCCUUGGAAAAGCGAUUCCCUCAAAAUAACAACUUUGCUUUUUUUACUUCUGUUGCAAUUUUAUAAGAUUCCCUGAAGCUAUGAAAUAGCUAAGUAGUUAUGAAUAGAUGACGAAUGUUGUGGUAUCGAAACCACGAUAGAAAGACACUGCAGUGCUCCAACAACACUUGACAGAAUGCAGCUGUCGCACACUGCCACCUGAUUAGUCAUCAUUAAUUUAUCAGAGGGCAAACCACUGAGUGAUACCACCCACAGUGGGAUAUAAGAAGAGAUACAAGUUAUCUGUCUACUUUAACUUCUUAUAGGACAACAGUAAGCGGAAGCACAGUAAUAGAAAGACUGUUUUCAUUACAGUAUAAGGAAGAUUGUGACAAGAAGCAGUGCACCCUUGCGCAAUUUGCAUUAGUGAGCAAGACAUGGCUGUUGUGUUUGUGAGUUUUCUUUCCUCAGGCUGUACAUUCACCAAAAGUGUUUGUAUGUAAUGGUUUCACCAGUAGGGCAAAGCCCAAUUUAUGAUGAGAAAAUUGAACUAAUGCAUAUAUGUAAAUACAGUAUUUUACUGCACGUUGUAUUUUAUACAUGUUUGUGCAAGGGUUGAGUUUUAAAAUGUUUUUGUUGGUACUAUAUUUAUGUAUGAGACUGUUGUUGGUGGAUUGUUUUCCUUUUCUUGUUUCCAUUUUUCUGUUUUUUGUUGAUACUUUCAAGGCUUUUUGUCUGAACAAUUUAAGACAUUAAACUUGAUAUUUUGA